UUCGCAUUCCUCAACCCUCUCUCUUCCAACCCUCCGAAGUGUUCCCCUCUCUCCGACUGUACCUCUUCCUUCCGAAGUGCACCUCUCUCUGCCCAUCGUCUCAUCCAUCACUCUCCAAAGCAUCGUCACCCGCCUCGCCCGCCAUGGACAAAUUCAAGGCCUUUACCUCCACCGUCUCCAGCAGCGUCACCCCAUUUGCGGCACGCAGCCAGCAAUGGUUCAAGGAACAAACGGGCAAUGCGGAGGCUCAGACCGAGCUGCCCCACGACUACGUCGAGCUGGAGGUGCGCAUCGACGCCCUGAAGGCCACGCACCAGAAGCUGCUCGCGGCCACCAGCCAAUACGCCAACGAGGCCUACGACUACCCGCCCAACAUGCGCGAGAGCUUCCAGGACCUGGGCAAGAGUAUUGGCGAGAAGGUCUCUCUUCUCUCCAAAGCUGGCAGCGCUGCUGAAGCCCAGGCUGCUAUCACUGCUCAACCUUCAACAAAACCGCAGCCUAAGACCUUUGCGCACGCCAUUGCCCGCGCCUCCCUUGCCGGCUCGCAAGCCAUCGCUACCGCCACCCCGCAGGGCUCCAGCGUGGAGGACCCGCUCGCCCAGGGGCUCGAACGCUUCGCUAUCGCACAAGAAAAGGUGGGCGAGGCCAGACUCGCCCAGGACGAGCAAAUCCAGACCAAGUUCUUGUCUGGGUGGUCGACAACCCUCAAUAUCAAUCUCAAAUCAGCGGACAAGGCUCGCACCGCCGUUGCCAACGCACGUCUACAACUCGAUGCCGCCAAAUCGAGGGCCGCCGCUGGGGGAAGACACGAGGAGGCUUUUACAGAGGCGCAACGCAAAGCCAUUGAGCAAGCAGAGGACAACUUUGUGGAGAAGGUCGACGAGGCCACGGGCAUCAUGAGAAAUGUUCUCGACACCCCCGAACCCCUGCGGAACCUGGUUGAGCUGGCCAAAGCGCAGUCGGAGUACCAUUUCCGGGCCGGCGAGAUCCUCGAGGAGGUUGCUAAGGAAGUCGGUGAGAUUCAGCAAAGUCAGGAGAGCGCGUAUGCCAAGAGAAGGUCAGAGGUCUGAUCAGUUAGAGUGCGUUUGAAAAAUGGCAGAUUAAGCGAUGGGGUUGAGACUGGACUUAGGGAAUGGAGUGGUCUGGAUUGCACUUCGCGGAACGCCCCUGUAAGCAGAUCGAAUCGGCAGGAUACUAAGUGUCACGGCAAUUCAAGCGUACGACAGAAAUGCAAUUUGACGGGUUUCUAUAUCGGCAA